GUCCAAAACAAAACCUAACCACACAAUAAGAGUCUAGGUUUAGAGACCCCAUAGCAUCAUCAAGUAACGAUAGAUUCAGAUCAGCUGGAGAUGAAUUCCAUAUGAUUAAAUCUUAGCUCUAUUCUACACUAUAGUUUGCUAGCCAAUUAACACAAGAGUUGGUAGGCAUGCGAGAAGUGUAUUUGCCAAUCUCUCGAGAUAAAAUAUUGGAUUCUGUAAUACAAGAUCGAUUCCACUCCUCUUUUUUGUUUGGUCUUUGAUAUACUUUCUAUUGCUGCUUUAAAUUGCACUUUAAUCACACAUUCUUGAACCCCAUAGACCAGGCUAUCUCCAGUCCAAGACUGACUUUUCAGAGCUCCAGUAAGAAAGAUGACCAUUUUCCCAACUAUUUUGAAAAACACAACUUAUUUGCAUCUUUAUUUCGUAGUAAACCAUCACAUCCCACUUUGUUCACUCUAAUUUUCUUUACUCCAUCUGUAUUUACUUUGAUCCAAUUCUCCAUAGGAGUCUUCCAUUUAAUAUUGGUUUCUAUCCUAAUUGGGUAGGCUGGUCCAAUCUUCUUUUUAUCAAAAAUCUCAUGAAUAGUGUCAACAUAAUCAUGAAUAAUAGAAACCACUAUAUUGGAACGUUUAAAUGGUUCUUGAAAAAUCUCUAUAUUUUUUCAAGUCCACAAUUUCCAACAAGUAACAAAAAAGUGCUAAUCCACCUCUUUUUGGAUAAAUACAGAGAUUAUGCGGGUGAUUCAAUCCAAUCCUUCAAAUUAGAAGAGGUGACGACAUUGAUUUUUUGCGGGUGGAUAAGCUUCCUUCGAAUAUUCAUCUCUUCCUUGUAAUCUCUUAGCACAUGGACUAUGCUUUCCACCAUACUCUGGAAAUUAUUUCAGAAAAGAGAAACUCCAAACCACUUGUGUCUGCGUAUGUUAGUUAAGAGUUUGUCGUGGUUGGCUUGCCACAUGAAAGUUUUAAUUCGUUGUGUGUCUCUCCAUUUCCAAAUCUUCAUCGAUACAUUGUUGCUACUUGCUGGAGGGAACUCAGGGCCUUAUAAGCGGACUUAACAGUAAAUCUCUUGUCUUCAUUAUGUCUCUACGAAAGAUUAUAUGGAGAAUCUGAUGGCAUGGACACUGGGUGUGCACAAAUUCUAUCUAUACACUUCAAUGGGAGCAAAUUUUGGAUCAAAUCAAAAUUUCACUGUCCAUUUUUCAUCAUAAAAUUGUUUACCUUCGAUGGGUGGUUUUUGCUGAACUCUUGAUUAUUCGUUUUGGGUCUUACAUUUUCUGUGUAUUUGGUGAAGAUGAGCAAGAAAGUUGAGAAGGCUCCGAAAGUGACAUCGAGCAGUUUGAAGGCAUUCUUCCGAGCGAAGAAUGUGGAUAAAGAAGGGUCUAGUAUUCAUGCGAAGGUUGAGAAAGGAGCCGAGGUUAAUCAGCCUUCUCCUACUAAGAAAGUAAAUUAUAAGCAAAAGAGGGGAGAUGGCAAGAAAGAAAAGGUGGUGUAUUUGGCUGGUGACAAAUUUGGCGGGAAGGAGGUCGACUUGGAUCAGGUAAAGAGGUUUACCGAAAAUCAAAAGGAACUGCAUGGUUAUAAGGGAGAUAAGGAUCUCACCUCACUAUGGAGUGAGCAUUUUCCUCUGUUGAUGGUUGCCGAUGAAUAUUGUCAAAGCCUCGCCGAUAUCAGACUGGUUCAGGACGUUGGUGACAUUGGCGUUUGUCAAUAUCUUUAGGUAUGAUAUCUUUGUUCGUCUUUCCUUUGCAAUGUUAGUUUGUGCUGGUUUGAUUUGAUUGUUUGUUGUUUCAAGUGAAAGGAGCUCGGCUGAUGUCUAUCGGCCGAACUCAGGAGUUAAAACAUGCCAGGGACUUGUUUGACAAAGUUGUUGUGGACCAGCUGAUGCAGGAUAAUUUGGUUAAAGGUAACAAACUUCGCACUGCUUUGGAUUUGGUGGACUCUUUGCAAGAGAAGCUAACUGCUGCCGAGAAUGUCAGAAAGACAUUUGAUGAAGAAAAAAUUGCUUUGGAGGCUAGGCUGGCUGUGCUGGUUGCUAAGAAGAAAAAGCUCAAGACUGACAAAGAAGACCACAGCCUUGAGAUGUUCGCUGCUGGAUUUGAGAGGACUGUUGAGCAAGCGAAACUUCUGGCGCCUGCUGCUGAUUUGUCUGCAAUGGAUCCGUGUAAGGUUGUUGUUGGCGAGGAGUUAGUUGAGGAUGAUGAAGAUGGUAUUGAGGGGGAGGGUGAGAACCCAGAUGCCCCGUGAACUUAUGUGAUAAAUUAGUAGUUGUAUAUUGUUUAUCUUUUGUAUGAUUGUGAAACUUCUAGCGUAUAGCCAAAAACUGUUUUGAUGUUGUUUGCUAGCUUACUUACCCGAAAAAUGUUUGGUACUGGUAUAAUUUGGUUGAAUGUUGAUGCAUGUUUA